AUGUCGCGAAGUUUCACGAUCCGCGUGCCGUGCACGUCGUCCAACAUUGGUCCCGGGUUUGACGUGGUCGGACUCUCGCUUUCGCUCUACCUCACGCUUUCGGUCAGCGUCUCGUCGGCAACCAACACGGCGCCCACGUUGGCCUACACUGGACUCGGGGCAGAGGAGGCGCCGUUGGACGCGUACCAGAACCUGACGACACGCACGGCGCUGUACGUGUUGCGCUCCAACGGUGUGCCUGGCUUUCCGGCGGGUGUGGAGAUCAAGGUUCACAAUGAGGUGCCUUUCGGCCGAGGCUUGGGAUCGUCCGGUGCAGCGGUGGUAGCCGGUCUGCUGCUCGGCAAUGAGCUGGGUCAGUUGGGGCUUAGCAAGGAUAGGCUGUUGGAUCACGCGCUGAUGAUCGAGCGACACCCGGAUAACGUGACUGCCGCACUCAUCGGCGGAUUCGUCGGAUCGUAUCUGCUCGACCUGUCGCCCGAGGAGGAGGAGAGGAGGGAUGUGCCGCUGUCCGAGGUGAUUCCAGAGUACCCGCCCGAUGCAUCGGUAGAGUGGGGCAAGAACCCCCCACAGCCACCGCACGGCAUCGGACACUAUAUCCGCUUCGACUGGGCAAAGGAGAUUAAGGUCAUCGCCAUCAUCCCUGACUUCCAGGUCAGCACCGCCAAGGCGCGCGCCGUGCUGCCCACCACAUACUCCAAGGCGGACAUGAUCUUUAACCUGCAAAGGCUCGCAGUGCUUACGACGGCACUCACCAGAUCCCCGCCCGAUGCCGAGCUGAUCUAUCAGGCCAUGCAGGAUCGUGUGCACCAGCCGUACCGCAAACACCUCAUUCCCGGUCUGCCAGACGUGCUCGCCAGUGUCACGCCCAAAACCCACCCCGGCCUCUUGGGCAUCUGUCUGUCAGGUGCAGGUCCGACGAUCCUCGCCCUGGCUACCGACAACGAACACAAGAUCGCCGACGAAAUCGUCCAGACGUUCCGCAAGAACGGCAUCGAAAAGUGCGAUGCCAAGUUCCUCAGUGUCACCACCGACGGCGCCCAGGUCCUCCCCUAA